AUGUAAUAGGAUUCAAUAAACAAGAAAGUUUAUUAUAAAGAAGUGUGUCUUUAAAAACAUUAGAAUUCUAAGAUUCUAUCAGCAAAGUUUGUUAAGGAUAAUAAAAAUAUAAUUAGUAUAGGAAAAGAUGAUCAUUUUAUUAAACUUGAAUAGUAAGAUAAAUAGUGGAUAUUUAAAGAAGUUAUUUUGGAAAAUUAAUAAAUAUAAUGUUGCACUUUCAAUUAAGAAUUAGGUAGCUUUGUUUAUGCACAUAAAAAAGGAUAAAUUGAUCAAUUAAGUUAUAAUUAAGAAUAAGAGAAAUGGGUAUCAAAAACAAUUAGAGAAUCUGAAGGCAAUUAAAUUCUAGAAUUAUAAUUGAAUAAUAACUCAACAAAAAUGGUAUAAUGCUUAUAUGAUUUUGCAGUUGUUUUGGAAUAUUAGAAUUAAGAAUGGAUUGAAACAUUUUCUUUGAAUGAGACUUUUACUGAAGAUGAAUGCAUAUUUUCAACUAGUGUAAGUUGUAAUCGUGAUUCCUAAGAGAUAGCAAUUGGAUUUACUGAUGGUCAUAUUUCUAUUUGGAAAUAAAUAAACAAUUAAUGGUAGAUUAAUUAAAGGAUGGAAUUACAUCAAGGUUCUAUAACUAAGGUGAGAUUCAGUAAUUCAAAAGAUAUAUUAGUUGGUACUGAUUCAAAAGGUAAUACAAUUAUUUGGGAAAAAAGUGAAUAAACUUAAAAAUAUGAGUUAUAAUGUUAGUAUUAAAGUGAUAAGAAUAUUGAAACAAUAUAUUUUAACAUAAAUUCAAGUAUACUACUUAUUGGAGAAGGUUCAUAGGUAAGAAUUUUGAAAUAGAUAAAAGAAAAUAAAUGGGUGUUUAUGUAAACAAUAGAGGUGAAAGAUAUUGUUUCAUGUAUUGAUAUAUCAAAUGAUAAUAAAUAAUUGUUAGUUGGAUAGAAUAAUGGAUUUAUUAGUAUAUUUGAGUAUGUUGGAUAAUGAUGUAAAAAAUAAAUAAAUUAUAUUAAUUAAACAUUAUGAGUUAAUUAUCUACUUCUAUAUCUAAAAUAUUUGGAAUAAUAUUUGUAAGAUCACAGGAUGGUACAAGACUAUAUUCAAAAUACUACCCAUAAUUAUUUCCAAAGAAUUUAUUAAGAGUACCAGAAGGUGUGCUUACAAAUAUUGACGUGUAAAAAUAAUUUGAACAUAAUGUAUGGGAGAAGGGAAAGAGAGUUGGAGCUCGUUUGACUAAGGGAAGUGAAAGUAUAAUUAAUGAUUAUGAUUUUAAAGCUGAGAUAUUUCAAUAUUGUUAGUUUAACAUUGUAAUGAAGGCAUUUAAUGAAGUACACUUGUUUGUUUUGGGUGAUUUUGAAGAAAAUGAGAUAAUAUUAUCAUAAGUUAUAAAUGGAAUCUAUGAAUCAUUAAAUCAUAUAACAAAAGAUCAUAUCAAUAAGAAAACCUUAUUAGAGAAUUUUGAUCAAGUCAUAAUUAUAAUUGAUGAGAUAUGUGAUUAGGGGUAUAUAUUUAUAAUAUAAUUUAUCAUAGAAUAAUUAUUACAAUAGAUCCAUCAGUAAUUAUAGCAAGAGCAACUAUGAGAGAUACAGAAGCAAUCAGUUUAGAAAAAUAAGAAACAAGUGGUUCAUCAGGAGGAGGAGCAUUUUCUUCAGUAUUUGCAUCUGCUAAGAGAACAUUUGCUCAAUAAUUUAUGGGAUCUGGUUGAAU